CCUCAAGUUGGGCACCCAAUCAGUGGCCACAUUUGCCAGUGUUGCAAAUCAAGCUGUGUCAGUUUUCCUCUACUUAAAUUGGGAGAAUAUCUACCUGCCCCACUAUAGCAUUGUGAGGUUUAAUCCAUUACCAUGUGUUAUAUAAUAUAUCACAUUCUUUGGAGGAUACUGGGAGACAUGGAAAUUCCAAAGCAUCUCACUGAACUCAUUGUAAGUUUCUACCAUCAACAACAGACCACAGUGCAAAGAGCAGGAUACAAUGGUUCUGACAUACAGCUGAGACCAGGGGAGCCUGAGGUUGAUGCUGAUGCAGAAGAAGAUGAUUCUGUCAAUGAAGUGACAAUAGAAAACAUACGGCCAAGGCCACAAGGAUCCUCUCCAGUUUAUGAGUAUUCCGUAGAAGAAGAAUAUUUUAACAAAAAGCUACAAGAAGAUACAGAGAACGAAAAAUAUUCCACAGACAAACAAAAAAUGAGUUAUUCACAGGAGUCUAUGGAGGUGACCCUGAAAACAGAAGUGGAAUCUGGUGCUAGCGGUUUUAGUGUGACUGGUGGAGGAAAUGAAGGAAUAUUUGUAAAACAGGUGCUCAAAGGAUCCCCUGCUUCAAAAAUAUUCAGUUUGAGAGAAGGUGAUCAGCUAUUAAGUGCCACAAUAUUUUUUGAUAAUAUCAAAUAUGAAGAUGCACUCAAGAUUCUACAAUAUUCCGAGCCAUACAAAGUACAAUUCAGUCUCAAAAGAAAACUUGCUGGGAAAGAAGAGCUAGAAAAAAUACAUUCUACAGCACAACACAAGAAGGAAAAAAUAAGUCAGGAAAAAGAGCUUAAUGAAAAAAUUCCUGGAACAACACUGGAAAUUUCAGAAAAGACUAUUUCAGAAGAAGACAAGGAAAAGGGAAUUGUAAAACAAAGGGUGGGAAGAACAAAACGACCCAGAAAAGAGAGAUUGUCCUGGCCCAAAUUCCAGUCAAUGAAAACUAAAAAGAUUUUGGGGCACAGAAGAUCUCAUAGUACAUCUGAUGCACAUGAGCAUGCUACACAAGAUAUUUCCCCAACAAGCACUGACACUGAGUCACAAUUACAACAAGAAGAAUUCUGUUCUAAAGAGAAAAAAGGAAGCCAAAAGAAACUGAAGUUCCCUAAUAUUGGAUUCAAAAUGCAUAGAACAAAAGCAGAAACAGAAGAGAAGCAGAGAUUAGAAAUAAAAACCGUGACACCAACAAAAAAGGAUAAAAUACGAAAAGAAGAUGUCAGCAUGGAAACUCCAGAAAUACUAACUGUACAAUAUAGCGCAUCUUACGCAUAUGAAACAAAAGCAGGUGAAAUACAAGACAAUGUCAAAAAAGACUUAAAAGAAAUGGAAAAUGGCUUACCAAUUUAUACAAAGAAGUACCCUGAAGUUGAAAUUCACAUUACAAAACAAAAAGACCAGAUAGCAACAUCUAAACCUACUACUGCAACAUCACAAAUACCACCAAUAACAACACAAAUAUCAAAACCUGCAUCAGAAAUACAAACACCUGGUCUCAAAGACAUACAAAGCAAACAAAUACCACAAGCUUUACCAAGGACGAGAAAAAAGAAACAAAAAAGUUCAUCAGAACAAAAAUCCACCAAAAUUUCUCUGCAACAUCCUGGAGAAGGGAUAACAAAUACAGAAAUGAGGGAUCACCUAGAACGCACCUCUGUUCAAAUAAAGGGCCUAGAAAUAAAAACACCAAAAAAAGAAACUGGAAAAACAAAACAAGAAAAAGAGAUGAAUGAAGAAUGUGAGCAGGAUCACAUGCAAAUAUCAGAUAUACAAAAAGAAAACUUUGGAAUUUACACCAAUAAGGGAAAGCAGCCAGAAAGUGAAAUCACAUUACACAAACUGGAAACUGACAUACACAAGAAAACAGUAAAACUAGAAGCAAUUGAAAUUGAUAUGGACGUCCCAAAAGCACCAGUACAAAUUGAUCCAGUGACAGAAGGCUCAGGCUGGAAAAUACAAGUGCCAUCACUUAAAAUGCCCAAAGUGCCGAAAGCAGACAUUCAAGCACCAAAGAUGGAAAUCACCCUCCCAUCAGUAGAUGUGUCUCUUCCAAAGGCCGAGGUGGAGAUUAAGGGCCCAGAAGCAACAGUGAAAGCGGUGCAGAUCGAAGGUGAAAUAAAAGCCACAGAUAAAGAUGCCAAAGGAAAAGAAAGUAAGUUCAAAAUGCCAAAAUUCAGUAUGCCUUCAUUUGGCUGGUCGACCACAAAGGAGACCGGUGGUGGAGUAGCAGAUGUUGAAGCAACCCUCAAAGAGCCCCAGGUGACAGUGCCAUCAGCCAGGGCAGAAGGAGAGAUAACAGUGUCAGGACUUGCAAUCCAGACUCCAAGUGCUGAACUGGAAAUCGGGACUUCUGCAGGAAAAGAUGGUGAGAAGGGAAAAAUUAAAAUGCCUGAUGUUAAGCUGCCGAGUGUGAAGCUUCCGAAAGUUAAGGCUCCUCAGGUACAGGUCAGUCUACCUAAGAUGGAGGCAGAUAUUUCCCUUCCCAAAUCACAAGCCGAAAUUAAAGAGGGGGGAUUUGAAGUGAAAGUUCCCGACAUGGAAAGCCGUAUUGAAGUUGAGACAGGAAAAGCUGAGGCAACAGGGAUGAAAAUACAUAUGCCAAAACUCAAGAUGCCUUCUAUGGGAUAUUCUAAACCAGAAAUCGAAGCUCCCAAAGUAGACGUGGAUGUUACUUUACCCAAAGUCGAUGUCACCCUUCCAACGUGUGAUGUCAGUCUUCUAGAAGCUGACCUGAAAGCAGCCUCUGUUCCCGGAGAUGUCAAAAUCCCAGCACCUGGAGUCAAGACUCCCAAAAUAGAAGGUUCCAUUCAAUUGAAGGGUCAAGGGAUUGAAGCAAAAGAGCCAUCAGCUGAAAUUGCGGUGCAGGGACCAGAGGGGAAAGCUUCUGGAUUCGAAGGAAAAAUUCAAAUGCCUAAAUUUGAAAAGCCAAAGUUUGGAGUUUCACUUCCAAAAGGCAAUGUGCCAGAAGGCGAUAUCAGCUUACCGAGAAUGGAAGCUGACAUUCCCAAGCCAAAAGUCAAAGGCCAAGUGGGUGCAAUCGUCGUGGAAACCCCGACGCUAGCAGUGGAAGCUGAUGUUCCUGACAUAGAGACUGAAGUUUCUGGCUGGAAAAUACAAAUGCCAUCACUCAAAAUGCCCAAAGUACAGAAAGCAGACAUUCAAGCACCAAAGAUGGACAUCACCCUCCCAUCAGUAGAUGUUUCUCUUCCAAAGGCCAAGGUGGACAUUAAGGGCCCAGAAGCAAAAGAUAAAGCAGUGGAGAUAGAAGGUGAAAUAAAAGUCACUGAUAAAGAUGCUAAAGGAAAAGAAAGUAAGUUCAAAAUGCCAAAAUUCAGUAUGCCUUCAUUUGGCUGGUCCACCACAAAAGAGACCAGUGGUGGAGUAGCAGAUGUUGAAGCAAGCCUGAAAGAGCCCCAGGUGACAAUGCCAUCAGCCAGGGCAGAAGGAGAGAUAACAGUGUCUGGACCUGCAAUCCAGGCUCCAAGUGUUGAACUGGAAAUCGGGACUUCUGCAGGAAAAGAUGAUGAGAAGGGAAAAAUUAAAAUGCCUGAUGUUAAGCUGCCGAGUGUGAAGCUUCCCGAGGUCAAGACUCCCCAGGUACAGGUCAGUCUGCCAAAGGUGGAAGCAGAUAUUUCCCUUCCCAAAUCACAAGCCGAAAUUAAAGAGGGGGGAUUUGAAGUGAAAGUUCCCGACAUGGAAAGCCGUAUUGAAGUUGAGAAAGGGAAAGCUGAGGCAACAGGGAUGAAAAUACACAUGCCAAAAGUCAAGAUGCCUUCUCUAGGAUUUUCUAAACCUAAAAUCAAAGCUCCCAAAGUAGACGUGGAUGUUACUUUACCCAAAGGUGAUGUCACACUUCCAACGUGUGAUGUCAGUCUUCAAGAAGCUGACCUGAAAGCACCCUCUGUUCCCGGAGAUGUCAAAAUCUCAGCACCUGGAGUCAAGAUGCCCAAAAUAGAAGGUUCCAUUCAGCUGAAGGGUCCUGGGAUGGAAGUGAAAGAGCCAUCGGAUGAAUUUCAAGUGGAGGGACCAGAGGGGAAAGCCUCUGGUUUGGAGGGGAAAAUUCAAAUGCCUAAAUUUGAAAAGCCAAAAUUUGGAGUUUCACUUCCAAAAGGCAAAGUGCUAGAAGGCGAGAUCAGCUUACCCAAAAUAGAAGCUGACAUUCCCAAGCCAAAAGUCAAAGGCCAAGUGGGUGCAAUCGGGGUGGAAACCCCGACGCUAGCAGUGGAAGCUGAUGUUCCCGAUGUAGAGACUGAAGCUUCCGGCUGGAAAAUACAAAUGCCAUCAUUCAAAAUGCCCAAAAUGCCGAAAGCAGACAUUCAAGCACCAAAGGUGGACAUCACCCUCCCAUCAGUAGAUGUUUCUCUUCCAAAGGCCAAGGUGGACAUUAAGGGCCCAGAAGCAAAAGCUAAAGCGGUGCAGAUAGAAGGUGAAAUAAAAGUCACUGAUAAAGAUGCUAAAGGAAAAGAAAGUAAAUUCAAAAUGCCAACAUUUGGCAUGCCUUCAUUUGGCUGGUCCACCACAAAAGAGACCAGUGGUGGAGUAGCAGAUGUUGAAGCAAGCCUGAAAGAGCCCCAGGUGACAGUGCCAUCAGCCAGGGCAGAAAGAGAGAUAACACUGUCAGGACCUGCAAUCCAGGCUCCAAGUGUUGAACUGGAAAUCAGGACUUCUGCAGGAAAAGAUGGUGAGAAAGGAAAAAUUAAAACGCCUGAUAUUAUGCUGCCGAGUGUGAAGCUUCCCGAGGUCAAGGCUCCCCAGGUACAGGUCAGUCUGCCAAAGGUGGAGGCAGAUGAUUUCCUUCCCAAAUCACAUGCCGAAAUUAAAGAGGGGGGAUUUGAAGUGAAAGUUCCCGACAUGGAAAGCCGUAUUGAAGUUGAGACAGGGAAAGCUGAGGCAACAGGGAUGAAAAUACACAUGCCAAAAGUCAAGAUGCCUUCUAUGGGAUUUUCUAAACCCAAAACUAAAACUCCCCAAAUUGACGUGGAUGUUACUUUACCCAAAGUUGAUGUCACACUUCUGACGUCUGAUGUCAGUCUUCAAGAAGCUGACCUGAAAGCUGCCUUUGUUCCCGGAGAUGUCAAAAUCUCAGCACCUGGAGUCAAGAUGCCCAAAAUAGAAGGUUCCAUUCAGCUGAAGGGUCCGGGGAAAGAAGUGAAAGAGCCAUCGGCUGAAUUUCAAGUGGAGGGACCAGAGGGGAAAGCCUCUGGUUUGGAAGGGAAAAUUCAAAUGCCUAAAUUUGAAAAGCCAAAAUUUGGAGUUUCACUUCCACAAGGCAAAGUGCUAGAAGGCGAGAUCAGCUUACCCAGAAUGGAAGCUGACAUUCCCAAGCCAAAAGUCAAAGGCCAAGUGGGUGCAAUCAGCGUGGAAACCCCGACACUAGCAGUGGAAGCUGAUGUUCCUGAUGUAGAAACUGAAGCUUCUGGAUGGAAAAUACAAAUGCCAUCACUCAAAAUGCCCAAAAUGCCGAAAGCAGACAUUCAAGCACAAAAGGUGGACAUCACCUUCCCAUCAGUAGAUGUUUCUCUUCCAAAGGCCAAGGUGGACAUUAAGGGCCCAGAAGUAACAGCUAAAGCGGUGGAGAUAGAAGGUGAAAUAAAAGUCACUGAUAAAGUUGCUAAGGGAAAAGAAAGUAAAUUCAAAAUGCCAGCUUUUGGCAUGCCUACAUUUGGCUGGUCCACCUCAAAAGAGACCAGUGGUGGAGUAGCAGAUGUUGAAGCAAGCCUGAAAGAGCCCCAGGUGACAUUGCCAUCAGCCAGGGCAGAAGGAGAGAUAACAGUGUCAGGACCUGCAAUCCAGGCUCCAAGUGUAGAACUGGAAAUCGGGACUUCUGCAGGAAAAGAUGAUGAGAAGGGAAAAAUUAAAAUGCCUGAUGUUAAGCUGCCUAGUGUGAAGCUUCCCGAGGUCAAGGCUCCCCAGGUACAGGUCAGUCUGCCAAAGGUGGAGGCAGAUAUUUCCCUUCCCAAAUCACAAGCCGAAAUUAAAGAUGGGGGAUUUGAAGUGAAAGUUCCCGACAUGGAAAGCCGUAUUGAAGUUGAGACAGGGAAAGCUGAGGCAACAGGGAUGAAAAUACACAUGCCAAAAGUCAAGAUGCCUUCUAUGGGAUUUUCUAAACCAGAAAUCAAAGAUCCCAAAUUAGACGUGGAUGUUACGUUACCCAAAGUCGAUGUCGCACUUCCAACGUGUGAUGUCAGUCUUCAAGAAGCUGACCUGAAAGCAGCCUCUGUUCCUGGAGAUGUCAUAAUCUCUGCACCUGGAGUCAAGAUGCCCAAAAUAGAACGUUCCAUUGCGCUGAAGGGUUCAGGGAUGGAAGGGAAAGAGCCACCGGCUGAAUUUGCGGUGGAGGGACCAGAAGGGGAAGCUGGCAGUUUGGAAGGGAAAAUUCAAAUCCCUAAAUUUGAAAAGCCAAAAUUUGGAGUCUCACGUCCAAAAGGCAAAGUGCUAGAAGGCGAGAUCAGCUUACCCAAAAUAGAAGCUGACAUUCCCAAGCCAAAAGUCAAAGGCCAAGUGGGUGCAAUCGGCGUGGAAACCCCGACGCUAGCAGUGGAAGCCGAUGUUCCCGACGUAGAGACUGAAGCUUCCGGCUGGAAAAUACAAAUGCCAUCACUCAAAAUGCCCAAAAUGCUGAAAGCAGACAUUCAAGCAUCAAAGGUGGACAUCACUCUCCCAUCAGUAGAUGUUUAUCUUCCAAAAGACGAGUUGGAGAUUAAGGGCCCAGAAGCAACAGCUAAAGCAGUGGAGAUAGAAGGUGAAAUAAAGGUCACAGAUAAAGAUGCUAAAGGAAAAGAAAGUAAAUUCAAAAUGCCAACAUUUGGCAUGCCUUCAUUUGGCUGGUCCACCACAAAAGAGACUAGUGGGGGAGUAGCAGAUGUUGAAGCCAGCCUGAAAGAGCCCCAGGUGACAAUGCCAUCAGCCAGGGCAGAAGGAGAGAUAACAAUGUCAGGACCUGCAAUCCAGGCUCCAAGUGUUGAACUGGAAAUCGGGACUUCCGCAGGAAAAGAUGGUGAGAAGGGAAAAAUUAAAAUGCCUGAUGUUAAGCUGCCAAGUGUGAAGCUUCCCGAGGUCAAGACUUCCCAGGUACAGGUCAGUCUGCCAAAGGUGGAGGCAGAUAUUUCCCUUCCGAAAUCACAAGCCGAAAUUAAAGAGGGGGGAUUUGAAGUGAAAGUUCCCGACAUGGAAAGCCGUAUUGAAGUUGAGACAGGGAAAGCUGAGGCAACAGGGAUGAAAAUACACAUGCCAAAAGUCAAGAUGCCUUCUAUGGGAUUUUCUAAACCAGAAAUCAAAGCUCCCAAAGUAGAUGUGGAUGUUACUUUACCCAAAGUCGAUGUCACACUUCCAACGUGUGAUGUCAGUCUUCAAGAAGCUGACCUGAAAGCUGCCUCUGUUCCCAGAGAUGUCAAAAUCUCUGCACCUGGAGUCAAGAUGCCCGAAAUAGAAGGUUCCAUUGAGCUGAAGGGUCCAGGGAUUGAAGCGAAAGAGCCAUCAGCUGAAAUUACAGUGGAGGGACCAAAGGGGAAAGCUGGCAGUUUGGAAGGGAAAAUUCAAAUGCCUAAAUUUGAAAAGCCAAAGUUUGGAGUUUCACUUCCAAAAGACAAGGUGCCAGAAGGCGAGAUCAGUUUACCCAAAAUGGAAGCUGACAUUCCUAAGCCAAAAGUCAAAGGCCAAGUGGGUGCCAUCGGCGUGGAAACCCCGACGCUAGCAGUGGAAGCCGAUGUUCCCGACGUAGGGACUGAAGCUUCCGGCUGGAAAAUACGAAUGCCAUCACUCAAAAUGCCCAAAAUGCUAAAAGCAGACAUUCAAGCAUCAAAGGUGGACAUCACUCUCCCAUCAGUAGAUGUUUCUAUUCCAAAGGCCGAGGUGGAGAUUAAGGGCCCAGAAGCAACAGCUAAAGCGAUGGAGAUAGAAGGUGAAAUAAAGAUCACAGAUAAAGAUGCUAAAGGAAAAGAAAGUAAAUUCAAAAUGCCAACAUUUGGCAUGCCUUCAUUUGGCUGGUCCACCACAAAAGAGACUAGUGGGGGAGUAGCAGAUGUUGAAGCAAGCCUGAAAGAGCCCCAGGUGACAGUGCCAUCAGCCAGGGUAGAAGGAGAGAUAACAGUGUCAGGACCUGCUAUCCAGGCUCCAAGUGUUGAACUGGAAUUCGGGACUUCUGCAGGAAAGGAUGAUGAGAAGGGAAAAAUUAAAAUGCCUGAUGUUAAGCUACCGAGUGUGAAGCUUCCCGAGGUCAAGGCUCCCCAGGUACAGGUCAGUCUGCCAAAGGUGGAGGCAGAUAUUUCCCUUCCCAAAUCACAAGCCGAAAUUAAAGAGGGGGGAUUUGAAGUGAAAGUUCCCGACAUGGAAAGCCGUAUUGAAGUUGAGACAGGGAAAGCUGAGGCAACAGGGAUGAAAAUACACAUGCCAAAAGUCAAGAUGCCUUCUAUGGGAUUUUCUAAACCAGAAAUCAAAGCUCCCAAAGUAGACAUCAAAAUGCCGAAAGCAGACAUUCAAGCAUCAAAGGUGGACAUCACUCUCCCAUCAAUAGAUGUUUCUCUUCCAAAAGACGAGGUGGAGAUUAAGGGCCCAGAAGCAACAGCUAAAGCGGUGGAGAUAGAAGGUGAAAUAAAGGUCACAGAUAAAGAUGCUAAAGGAAAAGAAAGUAAAUUCAAAAUGCCAACAUUUGGCAUGCCUUCAUUUGGCUGGUCCACCACAAAAGAGACUAGUGGGGGAGUAGCAGAUGUUGAAGCAAGCCUGAAAGAGCCCCAGGUGACAAUGCCAUCAGCCAGGGCAGAAGGAGAGAUAACAAUGUCAGGACCUGCAAUCCAGGCUCCAAGUGUUGAACUGGAAAUCGGGACUUCCGCAGGAAAAGAUGGUGAGAAGGGAAAAAUUAAAAUGCCUGAUGUUAAGCUGCCAAGUGUGAAGUUUCCCGAGGUCAAGGCUCCCCAGGUACAGGUCAGUCUGCCAAAGGUGGAGGCAGAUAUUUCCCUUCCCAAAUCACAAGCCGAAAUUAAAGAGGGGGGAUUUGAAGUGAAAGUUUCCGACAUGGAAAGCCGUAUUGAAGUUGAGACAGGGAAAGCUGAGGCAACAGGGAUGAAAAUACACAUGCCAAAAGUCAAGAUGCCUUCUAUGGGAUUUUCUAAACCAGAAAUCAAAGCUCCCAAAGUAGAUGUGGAUGUUACUUUACCCAAAGUCGAUGUCACACUUCCAACGUGUGAUGUCAGUCUUCAAGAAGCUGACCUGAAAGCUGCCUCUGUUCCCAGAGAUGUCAAAAUCUCAGCAUCUGGAGUCAAGAUGCCCGAAAUAGAAGGUUCCAUUGAGCUGAAGGGUCCAGGGAUUGAAGCGAAAGAGCCAUCAGCUGAAAUUACAGUGGAGGGACCAAAGGGGAAAGCUGGCAGUUUGGAAGGGAAAAUUCAAAUGCCUAAAUUUGAAAAGCCAAAGUUUGGAGUUUCACUUCCAAAAGACAAGGUGCCAGAAGGCGAGAUCAGUUUACCCAAAAUGGAAGCUGACAUUCCUAAGCCAAAAGUCAAAGGCCAAGUGGGUGCCAUCGGCGUGGAAACCCCGACGCUAGCAGUGGAAGCCGAUAUUCCCGACGUAGGGACUGAAGCUUCCGGCUGGAAAAUACGAAUGCCAUCACUCAAAAUGCCCAAAAUGCCGAAAGCAGACAUUCAAGCAUCAAAGGUGGACAUCACUCUCCCAUCAGUAGAUGUUUCUAUUCCAAAGGCCGAGGUGGAGAUUAAGGGCCCAGAAGCAACAGCUAAAGCGGUGGAGAUAGAAGGUGAAAUAAAGGUCACAGAUAAAGAUGCUAAAGGAAAAGAAAGUAAAUUCAAAAUGCCAACAUUUGGCAUGCCUUCAUUUGGCUGGUCCACCACAAAAGAGACUAGUGGGGGAGUAGCAGAUGUUGAAGCAAGCCUGAAAGAGCCCCAGGUGACAAUGCCAUCAGCCAGGGCAGAAGGAGAGAUAACAAUGUCAGGACCUGCAAUCCAGGCUCCAAGUGUUGAACUGGAAAUCGGGACUUCCGCAGGAAAAGAUGGUGAGAAGGGAAAAAUUAAAAUGCCUGAUGUUAAGCUGCCAAGUGUGAAGCUUCCAGAGGUCAAAGCUCCCCAGGUACAGGUCAGUCUGCCAAAGGUGGAUGCAGAUAUUUCCCUUCCCAAAUCACAAGCCAAAAUUAAAGAUGGGGGAUUUGAAGUGAAAGUUCCCGACAUGGAAAGCCGUAUUGAAGUUGAGACAGGGAAAGCUGAGGCAACAGGGAUGAAAAUACACAUGCCAAAAGUCAAGAUGCCUUCUAUGGGAUUUUCUAAACCAGAAAUCAAAGCUCCCAAAGUAGAUGUGGAUGUUACUUUACCCAAAGUCGAUGUCACACUUCCAACGUGUGAUGUCAGUCUUCAAGAAGCUGACCUGAAAGCUGCCUCUGUUCCCGGAGAUGUCAAAAUCUCUGCACCUGGAGUCAAGAUGCCCAAAAUAGAAGGUUCCAUUGAGCUGAAGGGUCCAGGGAUUGAAGCAAAAGAGCCAUCCGUUGAAAUUACAGUAGAGGGACCAGAGGGGAAAGCUGGCAGUUUGGAAGAGAAAAUUCAAAUGCCUAAAUUUGAAAAGCCAAAGUUUGGAGUUUCACUUCCAAAAGGCAAAGUGCCAGAAGGCGAGAUCAGUUUACCCAAAAUGGAAGCUGACAUUCCCAAGCCAAAAGUCAAAGGCCAACUGGGUGCAAUCGUCGUGGAAACCCCGACGCUAGCAGUGGAAGCUGAUGUUCCUGACGUAGAAACUGAAGCUUCUGGAUGGAAAAUACAAAUGCCAUCACUCAAAAUGUCCAAAAUGCCGAAAGUAGACAUUCCAGCACCAAAGGUGGACAUCACCCUCCCAUCAGUAGAUGUUUCUCUUCCAAAGGCUGAGUUGGAGAUUAAGGGCCCAGAAGCAAAAGCGAAAGCGGUGGAGAUAGAAGGUGAAAUAAAAGCCACAGAUAAAGAUGCCAAAGGAAAAGAAAGUAAAUUCAAAAUGCCAAAAUUCAGUAUGCCUUCAUUUGGCUGGUCCACCUCAAAAGAGACCAGUGGUGGAGUAGCAGAUGUUGAAGCAAGCCUCAAAGAGCCCCAGGUGACAGUGCCAUCAGCCAGGGCAGAAGGAGAGAUAACAAUGUCAGGACCUGCAAUCCAGGCUCCAAAUGUUGAACUGGAAAUCAGGACUUCUGCAGGAAUAGAUGAUGAGAAGGGAAAAAUUAAAAUGCCUGAUGUUAAGCUGCCAAGUGUGAAGCUUCCUGAGGUCAAGGCUCCCCAGGUACAGGUCAGUCUGCCAAAGGUGGAGGCAGAUAUUUCCCUUCCCAAAUCACAAGCCGAAAUUAAAGAGGGGGGAUUUGAAGUGAAAGUUCCCGACAUGGAAAGCCGUAUUGAAGUUGAGACAGGGAAAGCUGAGUCAACAGGGAUGAAAAUACACAUGCCAAAAGUCAAGAUGCCUUCUCUAGGAUUUUCUAAACCUAAAAUCAAAGCUCCCAAAGUAGACGUGGAUGUUACUUUACCCAAAGUCGAUGUCACACUUCCAACGUGUGAUGUCAGUCUUCAAGAAGCUGACCUGAAAGCUGCCUCUGUUCCCGGAGAUGUCAAAAUCUCUGCACCUGGAGUAAAGAUGCCCAAAAUAGAAGGUUCCAUUGAGCUGAAGGGUCCAGGGAUUGAAGCGAAAGAGCCAUCAGCUGAAAUUACAGUGCAAGGACCAGAGGGGAAAGCUGGCAGUUUGGAAGGGAAAAUUCAAAUGCCUAAAUUUGAAAAGCCAAAGUUUGGAGUUUCACUUCCAAAAGGCAAAGUGCCAGAAGGCGAGAUCAGUUUACCCAAAAUGGAAGCUGACAUUCCCAAGCCAAAAGUCAAAGGCCAAGUGGGUGCAAUCGGUGGAAACCCGACGCUAGCAGUGGAAGCUGAUGUUCCUGACGUAGAAACUGAAGCUUCUGGAUGGAAAAUACAAAUGCCAUCACUCAAAAUGUCCAAAAUGCCGAAAGCAGACAUUCAAGCAUCAAAGGUGGACAUCACUCUCCCAUCAGUAGAUGUUUCUAUUCCAAAGGCUGAGGUGGAGAUUAAGGGCCCAGAAGCAACAGCUAAAGCGGUGGAGAUAGAAGGUGAAAUAAAGGUCACAGAUAAAGAUGCUAAAGGAAAAGAAAGUAAAUUCAAAAUGCCAACAUUUGGCAUGCCUUCAUUUGGCUGGUCCACCACAAAAGAGACUAGUGGGGGAGUAGCAGAUGUUGAAGCAAGCCUGAAAGAGCCCCAGGUGACAAUGCCAUCAGCCAGGGCAGAAGGAGAGAUAACAAUGUCAGGACCUGCAAUCCAGGCUCCAAGUGUUGAACUGGAAAUCGGGACUUCCGCAGGAAAACAUGGUGAGAAGGGAAAAAUUAAAAUGCCUGAUGUUAAGCUGCCAAGUGUGAAGCUUCCCGAGGUCAAGGCUCCCCAGGUACAGGUCAGUCUGCCAAAGGUGGAGGCAGAUAUUUCCCUUCCCAAAUCACAAGCCGAAAUUAAAGAGGGGGGAUUUGAAGUGAAAGUUCCCGACAUGGAAAGCCGUAUUGAAGUUGAGACAGGGAAAGCUGAGGCAACAGGGAUGAAAAUACACAUGCCAAAAGUCAAGAUGCCUUCUAUGGGAUUUUCUAAACCAGAAAUCAAAGCUCCCAAAGUAGAUGUGGAUGUUACUUUACCCAAAGUCGAUGUCACACUUCCAACGUGUGAUGUCAGUCUUCAAGAAGCUGACCUGAAAGCUGCCUCUGUUCCCAGAGAUGUCAAAAUCUCAGCACCUGGAGUCAAGAUGCUCAAAAUAGAAGGUUCCAUUGAGCUGAAGGGUCCAGGGAUUGAAGCGAAAGAGCCAUCAGCUGAAAUUACAGUGGAGGGACCAAAGGGGAAAGCUGGCAGUUUGGAAGGGAAAAUUCAAAUGCCUAAAUUUGAAAAGCCAAAGUUUGGAGUUUCACUUCCAAAAGACAAGGUGCCAGAAGGCGAGAUCAGUUUACCCAAAAUGGAAGCUGACAUUCCUAAGCCAAAAGUCAAAGGCCAAGUGGGUGCAAUCGUCGUGGAAACCCCGACGCUAGCAGUGGAAGCUGAUGUUCCUGACGUAGAAACUGAAGCUUCUGGAUGGAAAAUACAAAUGCCAUCACUCAAAAUGUCCAAAAUGCCGAAAGUAGACAUUCCAGCACCAAAGGUGGACAUCACCCUCCCAUCAGUAGAUGUUUCUCUUCCAAAGGCUGAGUUGGAGAUUAAGGGCCCAGAAGCAAAAGCGAAAGCGGUGGAGAUAGAAGGUGAAAUAAAAGCCACAGAUAAAGAUGCCAAAGGAAAAGAAAGUAAAUUCAAAAUGCCAAAAUUCAGUAUGCCUUCAUUUGGCUGGUCCACCUCAAAAGAGACCAGUGGUGGAGUAGCAGAUGUUGAAGCAAACCUGAAAGAGCCCCAGGUGACAGUGCCAUCAGCCAGGGCAGAAGGAGAGAUAACAAUGUCAGGACCUGCAAUCCAGGCUCCAAAUGUUGAACUGGAAAUCAGGACUUCUGCAGGAAUAGAUGAUGAGAAGGGAAAAAUUAAAAUGCCUGAUGUUAAGCUGCCAAGUGUGAAGCUUCCUGAGGUCAAGGCUCCCCAGGUACAGGUCAGUCUGCCAAAGGUGGAGGCAGAUAUUUCCCUUCCCAAAUCACAAGCCAAAAUUAAAGAUGGGGGAUUUGAAGUGAAAGUUCCCGACAUGGAAAGCCGUAUUGAAGUUGAGACAGGGAAAGCUGAGGCAACAGGGAUGAAAAUACACAUGCCAAAAGUCAAGAUGCCUUCUCUAGGAUUUUCUAAACCUAAAAUCAAAGCUCCCAAAGUAGACGUGGAUGUUACUUUACCCAAAGUCGAUGUCACACUUCCAACGUGUGAUGUCAGUCUUCAAGAAGCUGACCUGAAAGCUGCCUCUGUUCCCGGAGAUGUCAAAAUCUCUGCACCUGGAGUAAAGAUGCCCAAAAUAGAAGGUUCCAUUGAGCUGAAGGGUCCAGGGAUUGAAGCGAAAGAGCCAUCAGCUGAAAUUACAGUGCAGGGACCAGAGGGGAAAGCUGGCAGUUUGGAAGGGAAAAUUCAAAUGCCUAAAUUUGAAAAGCCAAAGUUUGGAGUUUCACUUCCAAAAGGCAAAGUGCCAGAAGGCGAGAUCAGUUUACCCAAAAUGGAAGCUGACAUUCCCAAGCCAAAAGUCAAAGGCCAAGUGGGUGCAAUCGGGGUGGAAACCCCGACGCUAGCAGUGGAAGCUGAUGUUCCUGACGUAGAAACUGAAGCUUCUGGAUGGAAAAUACAAAUGCCAUCACUCAAAAUGUCCAAAAUGCCGAAAGUAGACAUUCCAGCACCAAAGGUGGACAUCACCCUCCCAUCAGUAGAUGUUUCUCUUCCAAAGGCUGAGUUGGAGAUUAAGGGCCCAGAAGCAACAGCUAAAGCGGUGGAGAUAGAAGGUGAAAUAAAGGUCACAGAUAAAGAUGCUAAAGGAAAAGAUAGUAAAUUCAAAAUGCCAACAUUUGGCAUGCCUUCAUUUGGCUGGUCCACCACAAAAGAGACUAGUGGGGGAGUAGCAGAUGUUGAAGCAAGCCUGAAAGAGCCCCAGGUGACAAUGCCAUCAGCCAGGGCAGAAGGAGAGAUAACAAUGUCAGGACCUGCAAUCCAGGCUCCAAGUGUUGAACUGGAAAUCGGGACUUCCGCAGGAAAACAUGGUGAGAAGGGAAAAAUUAAAAUGCCUGAUGUUAAGCUGCCAAGUGUGAAGCUUCCCGAGGUCAAGGCUCCCCAGGUACAGGUCAGUCUGCCAAAGGUGGAGGCAGAUAUUUCCCUUCCCAAAUCACAAGCCAAAAUUAAAGAUGGGGGAUUUGAAGUGAAAGUUCCUGACAUGGAAAGCCGUAUUGAAGUUGAGACAGGGAAAGCUGAGGCAACAGGGAUGAAAAUACACAUGCCAAAAGUCAAGAUGCCUUCUCUAGGAUUUUCUAAACCUAAAAUCAAAGCUCCCAAAGUAGACGUGGAUGUUACUUUACCCAAAGUCGAUGUCACACUUCCAACGUGUGAUGUCAGUCUUCAAGAAGCUGACCUGAAAGCAGCCUCUGUUCCCAGAGAUGUCAAAAUCUCAGCACCUGUAGUCAAGAUGCCCAAAAUAGAAGGUUCUAUUCAGCUGAAGGGUCCUCGGAUGGAAGUGAAAGAGCCAUCCGUUGAAAUUACAGUGGAGGAACCAGAGGGGAAAGCUGCCAGUUUGGAAGGGAACAUUCAAAUGCCUAAAUCUGAAAAGCCAAAAUUUGGAGUUUCACUUCCAAAAGGCAAAGUGACAGAAGGCGAGAUCAGUUUACCCAAAAUGGAAGCUGACAUUCCGAAGCCAAAAGUCAAAGGCCAACUGGGUGCAAUCGUCGUGGAAACCCCGACGCUAGCAGUGGAAGCCGAUCUUCCCGACGUAGAGACUGAAGCUUCCGGCUGGAAAAUACGAAUGCCAUCACUCAAAAUGUCCAAAAUGCCGAAAGCAGACAUUCCAGCACCAAAGGUGGACAUCACUCUCCCAUCAGUAGAUGUUUCUAUUCCAAAGGCCGAGGUGGAGAUUAAGGGCCCAGAAGCAACAGCUAAAGCGGUGGAGAUAGAAGGUGAAAUAAAGGUCACAGAUAAAGAUGCUAAAGGAAAAGAAAGUAAAUUCAAAAUGCCAACAUUUGGCAUGCCUUCAUUUGGCUGGUCGACCACUAAGGAGACUGGUGGUGGAGUAGCAGAUGUUGAAGCAAGCCUGAAAGAGCCCCAGGUGACAAUGCCAUCAGCCAGGGCAGAAGGAGAGAUAACAAUGUCAGGACCUGCAAUCCAGGCUCCAAGUGUUGAACUGGAAAUCGGGACUUCCGCAGGAAAAGAUGGUGAGAAGGGAAAAAUUAAAAUGCCUGAUGUUAAGCUGCCAAGUGUGAAGCUUCCCGAGGUCAAGGCUCCCCAGGUACAGGUCAGUCUGCCAAAGGUGGAGGCAGAUAUUUCCCUUCCCAAAUCACAAGCCAAAAUUAAAGAUGGGGGAUUUGAAGUGAAAGUUCCCGACAUGCAAAGCCGUAUUGAAGUUGAGACAGGGAAAACUGAGGCAACAGGGAUGAAAAUACACAUGCCAAAAGUCAAGAUGCCUUCUAUGGGAUUUUCUAAACCAGAAAUCAAAGCUCCCAAAGUAGAUGUGGAUGUUACUUUACCCAAAGUCGAUGUCACACUUCCAAUGUGUGAUGUCAGUCUUCAAGAAGCUGACCUGAAAGCUGCCUCUGUUCCCAGAGAUGUCAAAAUCUCAGCACCUGGAGUCAAGAUGCCUGAAAUAGAAGGUUCCAUUGAGCUGAAGGGUCCAGGGAUUGAAGCAAAAGAGCCAUCAGCUGAAAUUACAGUGGAGGGACCAAAGGGGAAAGCUGGCAGUUUGGAAGGGAAAAUUCAAAUGCCUAAAUUUGAAAAGCCAAAGUUUGGAGUUUCACUUCCAAAAGACAAGGUGCCAGAAGGCGAGAUCAGUUUACCCAAAAUGGAAGCUGACAUUCCUGCGCCAAAAGUCAAAGGCCAAGUGGGUGCCAUCGGCGUGGAAACCCCGACGCUAGCAGUGGAAGCCGAUGUUCCCGAUGUAGGGACUGAAGCUUCCGGCUGGAAAAUACGAAUGCCAUCACUCAAAAUGCCCAAAAUGCCGAAAGCAGACAUUCAAGCAUCAAAGGUGGACAUCACUCUCCCAUCAGUAGAUGUUUCUAUUCCAAAGGCUGAGGUGGAGAUUAAGGGCCCAGAAGCAACAGCUAAAGCGGUGGAGAUAGAAGGUGAAAUAAAAGUCACAGAUAAAGAUGCUAAAGGAAAAGAAAGUAAAUUCAAAAUGCCAACAUUUGGCAUGCCUUCAUUUGGCUGGUCGACCACUAAGGAGACUGGUGGUGGAGUAGCAGAUGUUGAAGCAAGCCUGAAAGAGCCCCAGGUGACAAUGCCAUCAGCCAGGGCAGAAGGAGAGAUAACAAUGUCAGGACCUGCAAUCCAGGCUCCAAGUGUUGAACUGGAAAUCGGGACUUCCGCAGGAAAAGAUGGUGAGAAGGGAAAAAUUAAAAUGCCUGAUGUUAAUCUGCCAAGUGUGAAGCUUCCUGAGGUCAAAGCUCCCCAGGUACAGGUCAGUCUGCCAAAGGUGGAUGCAGAUAUUUCCCUUCCCAAAUCACAAGCCAAAAUUAAAGAUGGGGGAUUUGAAGUGAAAGUUCCCGACAUGGAAAGCCGUAUUGAAGUUGAGACAGGGAAAGCUGAGGCAACAGGGAUGAAAAUACACAUGCCAAAAGUCAAGAUGCCUUCUCUAGGAUUUUCUAAACCUAAAAUCAAAGCUCCCAAAGUAGACGUGGAUGUUACUUUACCCAAAGUCGAUGUCACACUUCCAACGUGUGAUGUCAGUCUUCAAGAAGCUGACCUGAAAGCAGCCUCUGUUCCCGGAGAUGUCAAAAUCUCUGCACCUGUAGUCAAGAUGCCCAAAAUAGAAGGUUCCAUUCAGCUGAAGGGUCCUGGGAUGGAAGUGAAAGAGCCAUCCGUUGAAAUUACAGUAGAGGGACCAGAGGGGAAAGCUGGCAGUUUGGAAGAGAAAAUUCAAAUGCCUAAAUUUGAAAAGCCAAAGUUUGGAGUUUCACUUCCAAAAGGCAAAGUGCCAGAAGGCGAGAUCAGUUUACCCAAAAUGGAAGCUGACAUUCCCAAGCCAAAAGUCAAAGGCCAACUGGGUGCAAUCGUCGUGGAAACCCCGACGCUAGCAGUGGAAGCUGAUGUUCCUGACGUAGAAACUGAAGCUUCUGGAUGGAAAAUACAAAUGCCAUCACUCAAAAUGUCCAAAAUGCCGAAAGUAGACAUUCCAGCACCAAAGGUGGACAUCACCCUCCCAUCAGUAGAUGUUUCUCUUCUAAAGGCUGAGUUGGAGAUUAAGGGCCCAGAAGCAAAAGCGAAAGCGGUGGAGAUAGGAGGUGAAAUAAAAGCCACAGAUAAAGAUGCCAAAGGAAAAGAAAGUAAAUUCAAAAUGCCAAAAUUCAGUAUGCCUUCAUUUGGCUGGUCCACCUCAAAAGAGACCAGUGGUGGAGUAGCAGAUGUUGAAGCAAACCUGAAAGAGCCCCAGGUGACAGUGCCAUCAGCCAGGGCAGAAGGAGAGAUAACAAUGUCAGGACCUGCAAUCCAGGCUCCAAAUGUUGAACUGGAAAUCAGGACUUCUGCAGGAAUAGAUGAUGAGAAGGGAAAAAUUAAAAUGCCUGAUGUUAAGCUGCCAAGUGUGAAGCUUCCUGAGGUCAAGGCUCCCCAGGUACAGGUCAGUCUGCCAAAGGUGGAGGCAGAUAUUUCCCUUCCCAAAUCACAAGCCGAAAUUAAAGAGGGGGGAUUUGAAGUGAAAGUUCCCGACAUGGAAAGCCGUAUUGAAGUUGAGACAGCGAAAGCUGAGUCAACAGGGAUGAAAAUACACAUGCCAAAAGUCAAGAUGCCUUCUCUAGGAUUUUCUAAACCUAAAAUCAAAGCUCCCAAAGUAGACGUGGAUGUUACUUUACCCAAAGUCGAUGUCACACUUCCAACUUGUGAUGUCAGUCUUCAAGAAGCUGACCUGAAAGCAGCCUCUGUUCCCGGAGAUGUCAAAAUCUCAGCACCUGGAGUCAAGAUGCCUAAAAUAGAAGGUUCUAUUCAGCUGAAGGGCCCUGGGAUGGAAGUGAAAGAGCCAUCCGUUGAAAUUACAGUGGAGGGACCAGAGGGGAAAGCUGCCAGUUUGGAAGGGAAAAUUCAAAUGCCUAAAUUUGAAAAGCCAAAGUUUGGAGUUUCACUUCCAAAAGGCAAAGUGCCAGAAGGCGAGAUCAGUUUACCCAAAAUGGAAGCUGACAUUCCCAAGCCAAAAGUCAAAGGCCAAGUGGGUGCCAUCGGCGUGGAAACCCCGACGCUAGCAGUGGAAGCCGAUCUUCCCGACGUAGAGACUGAAGCUUCCGGCUGGAAAAUACAAAUGCCAUCACUCAAAAUGUCCAAAAUGCCGAAAGCAGACAUUCCAGCACCAAAGGUGGACAUCACGCUCCCAUCAGUAGAUGUUUCUCUUCCAAAGGCCGAGGUGGAGAUUAAGGGCCCAGAAGCAACAGCGAAAGCGGUGCAGAUCGAAGGUGAAAUAAAAGCCACAGAUAAAGAUGUUAAAGGAAAAGAAAGUAAAUUCAAAAUGCCAAAAUUCAGUAUGCCUUCAUUUGGCUGGUCGACCACAAAGGAGACUGGUGGUGGAGUAGCAUAUGUUGAAGCAAGCCUGAAAGAGCCCCAGGUGACAGUGCCAUCAGCCAGGGCAGAAGGAGAGAUAACAGUGUCAGGACCUGCAAUCCAGGCUCCAAGUGUUGAACUGGAAAUCGGGACUUCUGCAGGAAAAGAUGAUGAGAAGGGAAAAAUUAAAAUGCCUGAUGUUAAGCUGCCAAGUGUGAAGCUUCCUGAGGUCAAGGCUCCCCAGGUACAGGUCAGUCUGCCAAAGGUGGAGGCAGAUAUUUCCCUUCCCAAAUCACAAGCCGAAAUUAAAGAGGGGGGAUUUGAAGUGAAAGUUCCCGACAUGGAAAGCCGUAUUGAAGUUGAGACAGGGAAAGCUGAGGCAACAGGGAUGAAAAUACACAUGCCAAAAGUCAAGAUGCCUUCUCUAGGAUUUUCUAAACCUAAAAUCAAAGCUCCCAAAAUAGACGUGGAUGUUACUUUACCCAAAGUCGAUGUCACACUUCCGACAUGUGAUGUCAGUCUUCAAGAAGCUGACCUGAAAGCAGCCUCUGUUCCCGGAGAUGUCAAAAUCUCAGCACCUGGAGUCAAGAUGCCUAAAAUAGAAGGUUCUAUUCAGCUGAAGGGUCCUGGGAUGGAAGUGAAAGAGCCAUCCGUUGAAGUUACAGUGGAGGGACGAGAGGGGAAAGCUGCCAGUUUGGAAGGGAAAAUUCAAAUGCCUAAAUUUGAAAAGCCAAAGUUUGGAGUUUCACUUCCAAAAGGUAAAGUGCCAGAAGGCGAGAUCAGUUUACCCAAAAUGGAAGCUGACAUUCCCAAGCCAAAAGUCAAAGGCCAAGUGGGUGCAAUCGGCGUGGAAACCCCGACGUUAGCAGUGGAAGCCGAUCUUCCCGACGUAGAGACUGAAGCUUCCGGCUGGAAAAUACAAAUGCCAUCACUCAAAAUGUCCAAAAUGCCGAAAGCAGACAUUCCAGCACCAAAGGUGGACAUCAUGCUCCCGUCAGUAGAUGUUUCUCUUCCAAAGGCCGAGGUGGAGAUUAAGGGCCCAGAAGCAACAGCUAAAGCGGUGGAGAUAGAAGGUGAAAUAAAGGUCACAGAUAAAGAGGCUAAAGGAAAAGAAAGCAAGUUCAAAAUGCCAAAAUUCAAAGUCCCAUCAUUUAGCUGGUCACCAAAGAAAGAAGCACUUGUUACAUGUGAUACUGAAGCAACCUUUGAGGAGCCUACUUUGGCCUCUUCGUUAGGAGAAACAGAAGCUGAACUACCAUUAACUGUAGCUGACGUUCAGUGCCCAAGUGUGGAUCUCGAAAGUGAUAUGCCUAUAGAAAAAGAUGAUGAGAUGGGCAAAAUUAAAAAGCCUCAGUUCAGCAUGCCAAAGAUAUCACUUCCUAAAAUGAAGGGUCACAAAGGACAGAUCUCUCUGCCAAAACUGGAAAGUGAUGUUAGUGGUCCUAAACCAGAAAAUGAAGGAGAUGUUUCAGUGCAGAUAUCAGAGAAAGGAAGCAGUGGAGAUGGAGAAGGAAUAGCCAUAAGAAUGCCAAAGUUUAAGAUCUCUACUUCAGAAUUUUCAAAACCAGAAACCAAAGCUCCCAAAAUGGAUGUGGAUGUUAGCUUACCUACGGUUGAUCUCACGCUUCCUACAUAUGAUGCGACUAUUCAACAAGCUGACUUGAAAUUGAGGUCUGCUGGUGCUGAUGUCAGCCUGUCAGCCCCAGAUAUUAAGAUUCCAACAUCAGAAGGAUUCACAGAGUUGCAAAGUCCAGAAACAGGAGUUGAAGGAAUAUCAGCUGGAAUUGCUGUGGAUGGAGCAGAGAUGAAAGUUGAAGGUCUUGAAGGGAAGAUUAAAAUGCCCAAAUUCCAAAAUCCAAAGUUUGGAAUUUCACAUCCUAAAGGGAAAGUGCCAGAGAGUGAGAUCAGCUUAUCCAAAAUGGAAGCUGAUGUUCCCCAGCUAAAAGCAAUGACAGAUAUUGUUGACAUUGCUGUGGAAGCACCAACAGUAGAAGUUGAAUCUGCCAUCCCUAAUGCAGAAACAGACUCUUCAGGCUGGAAAAUCAAAAUGCUGAAAAUAUCUGAAGCUGAUAUUAAGACACCCAAAGUUGACAUUAACCUCCAAUCCAACGUUUCUGUUCCAAUUACAGAGAUUAGCAUUCAAGAUUCAAAUAUGGCAUCUAAAGCAACAAUGGUUGAAGAAGAAAUAAAACCUGGAGAUACAGAUAUGGAAGGGAAAGAAGGACAUUUCAAGUUGCCAAAAUUCAAAUUGCCAUCAUUUAGUUGGUCACCAAAAAAAGAAGCAAGCAUUAAAGCUGAUUCUGAAGCACUUCUGGAAGAGCCUAAAAUUACCGUAUCAUCAGGCAAAACAGACACAAAAUUAGCAGAAAUUGUAACUAAGGAUCAGGGUCCAAGCAUGGAUCUUGAUAUUGAAAUAUCUACAGGAAAAGAAGAACAAAAAAGCCAAAUUAAAAAGCCUCAAUUUAUCAUGCCUAAAAUUUCAUUCUCCAAAAUUAAGCCUCCUAAAUCUCAGAUGAAUCUGCCAAAAGUGGAAGCUGAUGUUACUGUUCCUAAACCAGAAAGAGAUGGAGAAGACUUAGUGCAGAUACCUGAUAUAGAAAGCAGUCAUACCAAAAGCAUAGAAGAGGGAGCACAAAUAAGCAUAAAAAUGCCAAAAGUUCAGAUUCCUACUCCGGAAUUUUCCAAACCAGAAAUCAAAGUUCCCAAAUCAGACAUGGACAUUAGCCUACCUAAGGUUGAUGCCACCUUUCCUACAUAUGAUGUGAGUCUUCAACAAGCUGACCUCAAAUUAAGGUCUGCUGGUGAUGAUGUCAGCUUGUCCCCAGGUAUUAAAUUUCCCACAACAGAAGUUUCCAUUGAGCUGAAAAGUCCAGAAACAGGAAUUCAAGGACCAUUGGCAGUGGAUGGAGCAGAAGUGAAAGCUGAAAGUCUUGAAGGGAAGAUGAAAAUGCCUAAAUUCCAAAAGUCAAAGUUUGGAAUUUCACUUCCAAAAGGACAAAGACCAGAAAGUGAGAUCAGCUUACCCAAAAUGGAAUCUGGAGUUCCCCAGCUUACAAUGACAACAGAUAUUGCUGACAUUGCUGCGGAAGCUCCAAUACUAGAAAUUAAAUCUGAUGUCUCUGAUGCAGAAAUAGAGGUUUCAGCUGGGAAAAUGAAAAUGCCUCAAGUUUCUAUCACUGACAGUAAAGCUCCAAAGAUGGAUGUUAGUCUCCCAUCAGUUUCUGUUUCAACCACAGAGGUGGCCAUUCAAAGCCCUAAGGUGGAGGAUAUGAAAGUGCAAGGAGAACAUGAAAUGAAGUCUGGAGAAAUUCAGACUGAAGAACAUCAGGGCUGGUUUAAAAUGCCAAAAUUCAGAAUGCCAACAUUUGGUCGGUCAUCUUCUAAGGAAAAAAGAGGUGACAUUGAUAGUGAAGGGAGCCUGGAAAAGUCUCAGGUAAGUGCUCCUUCUGCUGAAAUGAAAACUGAAAUAGAAGCUCCUAAAUAUGCAAUAUCAUUGCCAUAUGUGGACACUGAAUUUGCUGCUGGAAAGGAUGUUUUGGAAGGUAAAAUCAAAUCUGCUAAAGCAGAGAUUCCAAAAGUGGGAGUUUCUCUCCACAAAGGUAAAAGUUAUGAUGUUACCUCAUCAAAGUUUGAAGCAGAAGUUUCACUACCUCCAGAAAAAGCGGUUAUUAAAGUGAGCAUUCCUGAAACGGAAACUUAUGCUGAUGUAGUUAAACGCGGUGCUGAAGGACAACAAUUGAAAACAUAUACUCCAAAAGUCAUGAUACCUAAGAUGGAACUCUCUACAUCAGAAAUUAGUACUUCAAAAACUAGGGUGGACAUCAGCUUACCAAAAGCUGACAUUACACUCCCUAAAUGUGAUCUGACCCUUCAAGAACAAAAAGCCAAAUCAGAGUGUGCAGAGGUUCCAACAGCAGAACAUUCCAUUGAGCUGAAGAGUCCAGAAAUAGGAGCCAAAGCACCAUCUGUUGAAAUUGCUUUGGAUGGAACACAGAAGAAAUUAGAUGUCCUCCCAAAAGUAGAGCUGGACAUUCUACAUGCAGAUGCAGGAGUUAAAACUGAAAAGCUAGAGGGUGUGAUAAAAUCUACAGAAAAGGAUGUUCAAGGAAGAGAAAGUAAAUUAAAAAUGCCAAAAUUCAGUGUACCCUCAUUUGGAUGGCCUGCCACAAAGGGAACAGGAGAUGCUGCUGAUAUUAAAACCAACCUUGAAGAGACCAAGAUAGAUGCUCCAGGAAUUAAAAUGGAUUCUGAAAUAAGUGAUGUAGACCAUGAAAUACAGUUUCCAGCUGAAAGUGUUGAAAAGGAUAUAUCUGCAGGAGUCAGGGUGAAAGUGGAAGAUGGAGAUGAAGCAAGCAAAAUGAAAACAUCUAAAUUUAAGAUGCCAAAGUUUGGAGUGUUACAUUCAAAAGCAAAGGGUUCUGAAGUUGAUGUCUUUAUCCCAAAGUUAGAGGCUGAUGUUUCACUGCCUAAAACUGAACUAGGCAUAGUAGAAAUCCAGUUUAAAAAAGCGGAUGGUUCCAUUGACCUGCAAAGCCCAAGUUCAGACCUUAUGGAAUCAUCAACCAGGAUUUCAAAGGACAAGCCAGACAAAAAAAGUGAAAGUGUAGAGGUAAAUAUUAAAAUUCCCAAAUUAAAAAUACCAGCGUUCACUUACAAUGCACCCACAGUUGAAACUGACAUUUCAACAUCAAAAGUGGCAACAGACUUGAAAGGUGCUGGUACUGACAUUGAAACACCAAAACUGGAAGUAAGCACUAGGAUCCCUAAAGAAAGACCAGAGUGUGCGGGUGGUAAUAUCCAAACACCAUCAGUCAAAAUUCCAAUAUUGGCUCAACGUGACAUUAAAACCUCAGAGGUAUACGUUAAACUCCCAUCCACAGACUCUUCGGUUUCAAAAGCAGCACUACAGAUUCAGGGACCACUUGCAGAGGGUAAAGAAAUAAAGACACAAGGUGAAGUUGAAUCUGGACAUGUUGAUAUCAAAACGCACGAGACUUACUCCUCUCAGAUAGUGAAAGAAUCUGAGAUUCCUUCAUCAGAAAUUAAAACUGCUAGUUUUGGAUUUUCACUUCUCAAAGUGAAGAUACCCGAGUCACAUGUUAAACUAGACAUGCCAGUCAAACUGCAGUCUUAUACAGAAUAUAAACAUGAGGUGUCCCAGAGUGAAGUUCACCAACCUAAACUUUCUGAUGCAAAUUUAGGGGUAGCAAUACAAAAGACUGACACUGUUGAGUUUAAAUUAUCUGGCAAAUCACAAAGUGAAACUGAUGAAUCUAAUGAUGUCAUAUCUUCCAGUGUUAGUUUGCCAAAAUUGAAAACAUUUACAGUUGAAGUACAGCCUUCCAGUAAACUUGGAGACACUCAAUCUGAUAAGCAACCAGAGGAAAUAGCUGUAUCUCCUCUCUCUAAAGAUGAUGAAAUAGCCAAAAUACCAGAAGAUGAAGAAAAAGAUAUGAAGGAUCAAAAAGAAAAAACUGACAGUAAAAGAUCUUCUGGCAGAUUCAAAUUUUGGCUUCCAAGUAUUGGGUUUUCUUCCUCUGUUGAUGACACAGGCUCAGAUUCCAAACCUGAAGUCCAAAAAUCAAUUCCAGAAGAAACCCAACCUGUUGACUCUUCUGCGUCAGAUACUGACUCUUCUAAACAAACUGAAAAAACUGGAUGGUUUAGAUUUCCCAAAUUAGGCUUCUCAUCCCCAUCAAAAAAGGCUAAGAACAUUGACAAAGAAGAAGAGACAAAUCUAAAAGAAAUGAAAACUUCAGAUGAUGAAAGUCCAUCAGAGAAACCUGAAACAUUUUUUGAUGCAGAAGAAAGCUUAACGCCUAAAGAAGAAACAAUUAAGGGUGAAGAAAAUGAAACUACAGGGACCUCAUCUAACGUCCACGUUUCUGGUGCUAUAGUUACAUCAUCAGCAAGAACUGAAUUAAUCUUGUUGGAGAGGGAAAGAGCUAGUCAGCAAAGUAUUCUUGAAGAGACCACCAAAUGAGUAUUUUUUUCUGAUCUAAACGUAUAUGGAAAAUCUGAAGGUAGAACAAACUAAGAGAAAAACACAUGCAGAAAAAUGCUGUCUUCCCAAAGAGUUUUCCAGAAGAAAUGAAAGUGGAACAAAACUUAAAACUGACACUUAUGAAAACAGUCUAUGGAUCAUUCUUCACUACACUGGCAUUUGUAAGCAUAUGAACAUACUGUAGGUCCUAAUGAAACAUUUGUUUCCAUGAGAUGUAUGCAAAAAGAAACACACAACUACUGAAGACAAGGAGAUAUUCAUACUUUUAACAAAGUCUGAUAAAAUUCUCCUAACCAAACAAAAUAAAGUGUUGAAUGGAGCAAAGAUAGUGAAAAGCUUUUAUUAAAUAUAAUUCUCUAAAACAUGCCAAUUGUGUUUAGGUUAUAGAUUAUUUGCAGAAAGGAGUAUAAAGCUAGUGCAAUGAGGACUAGAAAUAUAUAUAACUGUUUAGAUUUUAUUUUAUAAAAUAUAUUUCUGCCAUGAUGUUGCUUUCUUAUGAAAAAUAUAUUUUCUUUAUCUUAGAUAGAGCAAUAUUUGUAUUCCAUGAUCAUUUUAAAAUGUCAAACAAGUAGAAAUGAUACUGUUGAUAUGACAAUCCUUCCCCCGCCCUUCCCCCCCUCCCAGUUAGUAGGGUGGAUAAUAUUUAGCCUUAAAAAAAUUAAAAUUUCAGGAAAUGCUCCAGAUUCCUUAAAAAUAUAUACUGCUGAUUCACAUAUUCAAAAUACAAAAAUAAAAUAUGGCAACUGAGAAGAAGAAUAAAAAAAAUUGGGGUAAGAAAGUUCAUUAUGUAUAUACUUAUCAGAAUAGUUAAUGCAUAGAAUGGGGCAUAUGUGAGUGGAAUCACUGGAAAGGUUUUUCCAGAGAAAAAAGAUGUAAAUAGUUAUUUACCUUUUGUUUAUAUCAAUGCUUCUCUUAAGUACACGACCAAAAAGGUAGUACCAUAUAUGUUAGCCAUCACUGUACAUGUAUUACUAGAAUGUUGAAUGUAUUCUCAAUUCACAGUACAGUCACUGUAUUGAUAAUAAAUGCAGUAACAUUA